AUGGACAUGAUCAUGAACUCCCCACUAGAAGUUGAGCUAACUGCUGCUUUCAAGGGCCAUAUGACCCCCAAUGUCAUGAUCCAGUACGGACACCCAAACAAUCCCAAAUACCGCUUCCGCACUCACAAAGAUGUUCUCUUCAACUGCUCAGCGACCUUCAAGAGAAAGUUCAACUCCAGGGAACUAGACAUUGGAUCUACCAUCACUAUUUCUCAUGAAAACGUCGAAGCCAUAGAAGAUGUGCUACGCUACUUCUACCUCAAGACCUACGAUCCGGUUCUUCUCCCUUCGGCUCCGAUGUCUAGCAUGCAACAGCGCAGGAGGUUCGCCGCUCGUCACGCUGCCGUUUACGAUCUGGCACGUCAGAAGGUGUGCGGUGUCAGUGGCCUGGCUGAGCUCGUUCAUGGGCAGUUCCAGCAAGGCGCUGAUGACGCUCUAAAAUGGUUGGAUCAGCCAGGCAACAAUGCGGCAAAGAACGCUGUGAGACUGCUCCGCAUGUAUGUCAAUCUGAUCUACGAGAACGACGACGAUACUUGGGAGACGUUUGAGGGUCAAGAUAUACCCGACAUGAUCAAGUUUUGGCCUCUAAGAGGUUUGGUCUGCGAAACUGCAGCUAGGAUCUGGUUGAGAGCGCAGCGAUGGAAUGCAACGCCGGCUGCUGGUCAGAAUGGAGUCCAGGCACAAGGCGAAGAGGAGGUUGAGAUUAAUCAUGGCGACACAGGUGAGGACGUUGUGAAGAAAGAGCUCGCGAAGUUGUGCUGGAAGUAUGCGCAUUUCGCACAGGACUUUGCGAGGUGGAUGUUGAUCAAGGGAGAGGUAAGUAUCGCAUUGGGCCACAAUGUCAUGGGAAGGACUAGGUAG